AUGAGUGUCAACAAUGUCUCUGGGGAUGGCCCAGGUCUCAGAGAUACCUUGGGCCAUUUAAGCACAGCACUUCAGCCUUUGGCGAUGGAGGAAAACUACUCGUUUCGCUCUUCGCUGCCACGAUCGUUGCCAAACAUCAGCUUACUACCUUCUUCGUUGGUCAUUGGAAUCCUGCAACGUUUCAAAGAACGACGCCCUAUAUUCCUGUCCUCUUACGCGGUGACUGACUUGAGUUUGGUGGAAAGUCUCUGCCAGAGCAUUUACUUCCCCGUGAGCUCAAUCACCAUUGGCCAAAUCACAAGUAUGCACGGGGUUUUCUUCUUUCUCCUCAAAGAGUACCAGGCUUUGAAGGAUUCGCUUUGCCAGCAGUUUGACUUUGAACUUCAUCUUGCUCAAUGCGAGAAGAAUUUUAGCAUGGGACUGGAGACGUUCGAUAUCAUGGUUAUGCCCUCAUUUGAUAAUAUACUGGGAUUGAUCAUGGGGGCUAUCAAAGCACAGGGAGAGGCUAAGCCUUUUUUGUGUUCGAGUCUCAUUUCUACAGCUGCCACUCAUUGUCAAGCACUUGGAUAUCAUCGUGCCAUGACGUAUAAGAAUCUUUCGAAUGAAAAAUCACAAAACAUCCAACGAUUGUUCUGGACAGUUUAUGUCUAUGACAAGAAUGUAUCACUCCUUCUGGGGAAAGCUUCUCAAAUCCGAGACUCUGAGAUUGAUGCACCGUAUCCUUCGCUCCCCCUCGAUUCCUCCCUCCGUGCAUGGGACGAGUCGUUCAUGUAUGGGAUCAGACUAGCGCGCCUACAGGGAAUGAUUUAUGAUAAGCUUUAUUCCGCGGAGGCGGCAUCGAAGUCUUCAUCUCAGCGAGCUGUGACCAUUAGACAGCUACAAGAGUCCAUGGAGCAGUGGCUAAGCGAGCUCAAAAAUGUGUCAGCAAUGAGCAAGUUUUCGCCUUGA